AUGAAUGAGCUGACUGAUGGUAUUCUUAUUUCUAUUUUAGGGGAACUCUUAAAACGAAAAGAUUCCAUCAAAAUUGUAUUCUUCAUUGAAUUUUCAUAGCUGUUCUACGCUUUUUUAAAACUAAUUGCUGUAAUAAGUAUCUUAACCAACACAUCCGAAUGCGAUCUAUUUUAUUAUUUUCUUCUGUUACUAAUAACUGACAUUAUGUGUUCGAUUGUGAAUUUAAUCGCUCUUGGGAAUCUCUACUAUUGUGACUAUUAAUCAAUUGAUAGAACUUUGGAAAACUUUGAAAAUCAACGAAUAUCAUUGUAAUAUAAUAAUGAUGCCUAUGUUGAUUUUAUGACAUUGUUAGAAGCUAUUUCGAAUAGAUAUUAGUUGCUCUAUAAUAUAAUAGCAUUAAGUUAUUUUGCAUUGUCAAUUUAUGGGAUCUAUAGCAUAAUAAAUCAAAAAUGCCAUUACGAAGAUGGCAGUGCAGCAACUGCAAUUACAUUUAUAAUACUGAGCUUGUUCUACUUUCUUAGAAAACUGUUCUUGCUCAUAAGAUAAUACAAAAAAUAUUAAAUUUACAAUAUAAUUAGUGUAAAUGCUUAAUAAGAAGAUGACUGUUGCAUAUGCUUAUAAUAAUUAUCAUAAAAAGUGGCUUAGUUGUAAUGCAAACACAAGUUUCAUCUGGGUUGUAUUUAGGAAUGGUUUAAAACGAAAAGCACUUGUCCUAUUUGUAAACGAGAAUACGAAGUAAUAUAUUCCCAUAAUUGA